AUGACGAUUGCAUCAUUAUUAGUAUGGUCAAAAACACACGAUGUGGGGCGAAAAGUUCUAGUGGAUAUGUUCUCCCUUAGCGCCCCCAAGAGUGUUCAAGAUUUCAUCGAUACGAAAGCAAAGGAAAGUGGAUAUAAAGUGGGUCUAUGUGGCCACGGCGUAACCAUCAAUUCGUCGUCUUCAGGACGUGGCGUUGAUCUCUACCUUCUUUUGUCUUGGAUGGAAGAGGGGUUCGGUCCGAUUGUCAACCUUGCAGCAGAUCAAGGAAACUCUGAAUACAUUUUCCGCAGCAACGGAGCUCUUUACCAUUUCUGA